GAGCUCGAGUUGUCCCUGUCCGACAAUCAGAUCGGCCUGGGACCUCGGAGGGCGCUCUGCUCGGAGCCCGAAGAAGUCGAAGCCCGAGAGCCGCAGUUGCGUGGCGUUGCCGGCGCCACCGCAGUGGUGGAGAGCCUUCGAGAGCUGCCGCAGCUCACGGAGGUGGUGGUUUAUCUGGGAGGCAACACGCUCGGCGAGGAGGCGAAGGAAGAGCUCCGGGCCACCUUCGCUGCGCUGCCGGUGCAUCAGAAAGGCAUCCGUCUUUGA